GGGGUCCCGGGACUAGAAAGAAACGGCGGCCGAGAGGGGGCUACCGCGACCAUGGGGCUUCUGACCAUUCUGAAGAAGAUGAAGCAGAAAGAGCGGGAGCUGCGGUUGCUGAUGCUUGGCCUGGACAAUGCUGGCAAAACCACCAUCCUCAAGAAGUUCAAUGGGGAAGACAUCGACACCAUCUCCCCAACGCUGGGCUUCAACAUCAAGACCCUGGAGCACCGAGGAUUCAAGCUGAACAUCUGGGAUGUGGGCGGCCAGAAGUCCCUACGGUCCUACUGGCGGAAUUACUUUGAGAGCACCGACGGCCUCAUCUGGGUGGUGGACAGCGCCGACUGCCAGCGCAUGCAGGACUGCCAGCGGGAGCUCCAGAGCCUGCUGGUGGAGGAGCGCCUGGCUGGAGCGACCCUCCUCAUCUUUGCCAACAAGCAGGACCUGCCCGGAGCGCUGUCCUCGAACACCAUCCGUGAGGCCCUGGAGCUGGACUCCAUCCGCAGCCACCACUGGUGCAUCCAGGGCUGCAGCGCCGUCACCGGGGAGAACCUGCUGUCCGGCAUCGACUGGCUCCUGGACGACAUUUCCAGCCGCAUCUUCACAGCCGACUGAGUCGCUCCAGAUGCCCCCCAACCUCGAAGUCCAGGACCCCCCAACCAGGCCCUCACCAAGCACCAUCCAUGGGGGGAUGGGCAUCAGCCAGCCCAAUUAACACUCCCCAUUCCCCUCUGUAACCUGCUGCUGCUACUGCUGCCCGCUGCCGCUCCAUGGCCAGCCAGCUCCCACGGCAGGAGGGCUGCCACCUUGGCUGUAACCCUGGCUCCUGACCUGGCCCGCCUGCAGCUGCCACACCAAGAGGAGAGGGCUGGGGCUGGGAGGGGGCUGCCUGUGUUGCUCUCAAGGCUGUGGGCCUCGUCCUUUGCUCAGCUGUGAGAAUAAACCAUUCUUUGCUCCA